AUGCCAUGUGAAUCUGGAAAGGAACAUGUUGAAGAAGGCAGAGCCAGCCUCUAUAAGUCUGUGGUUUCCAACAGCUGCAAGGAGAUGUCUUGUUACUCAGACUUUCCAUUCCCAGAAGAUUAUCCAAACUAUGUGCCAAAUUCUCAAUUCCUGGAAUAUCUCAAAAUGUAUGCAAACUGGUUCAAACUUCUGGAAUGCAUUCAAUUCAAGACUAAAAUCUGCAAAGUAACAAAACGCCCAGAUUUUACUGUCACCAGCCAAUGGGAGGUGGUCACUCAGCAUGAAGGAAAGCAAGAGUCUGCCAUCUUUGAUGCUGUCAUGGUCUGCACUGGUUUCCUUACAAACCCAUAUUUGCCACUGGACUCUUUUCCAGGUAUAAAUACCUUUAAAGGUCAGUACUUUCAUAGCCGGCAAUAUAAACAUCCAGAUGUAUUUAAGGACAAGAGAGUCCUUGUGAUUGGAAUGGGGAAUUCGGGCACAGACAUUGCUGUGGAGGCCAGCCACCUGGCAAAAAAGUUUCCAUUCUUCAUGUUACUUAAUGAAAAGCUUUAUCUUAAGAUGCAUGCCUCAGGCAAACAGUGAUAAAUGAUGAAAGAAAUAAAUAUGCCUAAAGCACACACACAUACAAAAAACAGAUUUUUAUUUUUUUAAAAGAUUUUAUUUAUUUAUUUGUCAGAGAGAGAGCACAAGCAGGGGGAGUGGCAGGCAGAGGGAGAAGCAGGCUUCCUGCUGAGCAGGGAGCCAGAUGCGGGACUCGAGCCCAGGACCCUGGGAUCAUGACCUGGUCUGAAGGCAGAGCUACCCAGGCAUCCCCAAAUAACAGAUUUUUGAAGUAUUUUUCGUGUUUAUAAAUUUUACUGCAAAUCCCAAAUGUCAUUUUUCCUCCAAGACCAACUUCUCUGACUUUUUUUUUUUUUCCCAGUCAUCCAACAAGAGCUACAGGAGACAUCUGUGUCUUACCUCGUCCCAUCGGUGAGAAAAUCCUGUCCUUUCUCCUUGUGAAGAUCUCCCAUUCACUCCUUCCUUUCCUUGUGAACC